UGUUUACAAUUAAAGUGUUUUUAUUUAAGAAUUUGGUGUAAAGUUUUCUAAGUAACUAAACUUCCAAGCUGACUUAUUUAUGUGAUUUACAUCAUUUUAAUUUGAGCGUUGUUCUGUUAUUACUCAUGUUAAAAAUAAACUUUAAGAUACAUUAUAGUGUUCACUAGAAAAAAUAUUAAAGCUUUGCUUAGAAGAUUUAUUAAACUUGUAAAUGUGUACAUAAGUGAAAAUGGAAAACUACAUCAUUAUUUCAUUUGUUGGAGAAGGAUCUUUUGGAAGGGUUUUUAAAGCAAAGCACAAAGAAACGAAUGUUAUAUUAGCUUUAAAAGUUAUAAGAAAGAAAGGGAGAUCAUCAAAAGACCUAAAAAGCUUGAGACAAGAAUGUGAUAUCCAACGGCAGCUAAACCACCCCAACAUAAUUCGGAUGAUUGAUAGUUUUGAUACAGAAUCAGAACUAGUUGUUGUCACAGAAUAUGCAGAAAAGGAAUUGCAUAGUAUUCUUGCAAAAGAGGGCUGCUUAAAUGAAGAUCAAGUCAAAAAGAUAACGUGGGAUUUAGUUUCCGCAUUGUACUAUUUACAUUCUCAUAGAGUUCUUCACAGAGAUCUCAAACCACAAAAUGUGCUACUAGAUAGCACAGGCCGUGCAAAGCUGUGUGACUUUGGCUUAGCUCGUAUAAUGACUAAUGCAACUCAUAUACUGACAUCCAUCAAGGGCACUCCACUUUAUAUGGCUCCUGAGUUGAUUGAUGAGAAGCCGUAUGACCAUCAGGCUGAUCUCUGGUCUCUGGGCUGUAUAGUGUAUGAAUUGAUGGCAGGACAACCUCCCUUUUGUACAAUGUCGAUAUGGCAGUUAGUCAGAAUGAUUAGGCACAAGCCUGUCCAGUGGCCUAGUUUUAUAAGUGCAGAGGCUCGGUCUUUCCUUCAGGGUUUAUUGCACAAGGAUCCAGUGAAAAGAAUGAGCUGGCCAGAAAUUUUAGAACAUCCAUUUGUCUGUGGCCAUAUUCUUAUUCUUCCUGAGGAUAUCCAGAGUGAUUCACCAUUUACAAAACCAUUAUCCUAUAGCCAACAAGAAGCCAAGUUCUUACAAACUGAGAAGAUGAGUAAAAGUUCAAAGGCUAAAAUGGAGACAAACACGAAACCCCAGGGUCGUGAACAUGAUCUGAGAAAUGUUCAUGGUGUUAUGCAAGCACUAGAAUGUAUUCCAAUGUCUGAUGACGACAGUGUUCGAGCUACUAGUGCUUUCAGUGUUAGAGAUAGUCUAAAAACUGAUGACGAAGACCAGUCGCAACCAAUAACAGCUGCAAAUGCCAAAUUGCUAAGACACGAGUUCAAUGUAAUGAAUAACUCGAAUUUAGUUGUAUGUAACCUCGAAAAAAACAUGGCACAAUUAAUGGCAGCUAAUAAACAAGAGUUGAAAAUGCAAAAAAUUGAUGAAGAAAAACAUGCCAAGGCUGUUGUUAAAGAAACAGAAGAAGAAAUAAUGCAAGUGGAAAAACAAGAUGGUGAAGAUGUCAAACAAAAGAAAGCUGGUAGUACAGCUUCGCAAAGCUUGGAGAAUCCUAAAAGCGCUGUUAAGUGUAAUGAUGAUGUUAGUGCUGGACUAAGUAAGAGUGUACCUCCGUCAUAUAAACAGAAGCUAUUGCAGUUUUCGAAAGAUAAACUGAGAUUUGGAAGCGGUGGAAAUAGACUAACGAGAAGUAUUAAGAGAUCAUUUCACUUCAGUAGGAGUAUAGAUAAAAAUAAAAGUGAGAAUCAAAGACGUACAAGUGAACCAGCCAUGGAAAUAAUAAGUAAAGAAGAAACAGAAACAAUUAAAUAUGCAAAAGAAGAUAAAGAUGAGGAUACUGAAAAGAUUGAGGUUAUCGAAGAAACAGUUGACGAGAAGGAAAUUGCUAACAAUGACAUUUGUUUGGUAGAGGAAAAAGAAGAAGUUAAGGAACCAUCAUCUAUAGAAUUGGAGGAAUGGGAAGCAUUUUUGAACUCCAAUAUUACAGAAGUUAUGGAGGGUGAUGUUGAAUCUCUGACUCAAUUAAACAUGGUGAGUAUGGUGGUUGGUGUUGUGGGGAGUGCGGCCCGCGGCGCGAAGGGCGCGCGCGUGUGCGGCGCCGUUGCGGCGCUGUUGGCGCUGCCGUCUCUCUCCCACUCGCUGCCGAGACACACUCUGCUUAAUAUACAAGAUGUUUACCUAGAAGCAAAAGUCGUAUACAACUUUAUUGCUGCUAUAAAUACUCUUAUGAAGGAUACAAAAGACACAGAUAGCGGGGCUGAGGAAAGAUUACGCGGUGUGAGUCGCAUGUUGGAAGUGUGCGCGUGGCUCUGCGCCCGCUCGUGCCGGGCCGUGAGACAGCUCGCCACGUCGCUGGCGAUGCACCACGCGCACGCUGUGUUCACGCGGCUCUUGAAUAUGUAUACAAAAACGCCACGAAUAGUAUUAAACAUCGUAGGUCUUCUAAUCACAAUACUCCAGGACCUGCCCGAACACGCUGACGUCAUAGAACGCAUUUUGUUCGACGACAAAACGUUCCGUUUCCUGAAGCUUCUAGAACAACCGAGUGACGCUCUCAGAAUGAGAGUGUGUAUUUUAAUAAGUUUGCUGUGCACGUACUCUUGUACUGCUUUCUCUGCGGCCAUGGAAAAUGUCUGGAGUAAAAAGGACAGCGACAUGUUGGAAGCGUUGCACACGCAUUGUAACGUAACUUUGAACAGGGCAGCCAGAUUGGCCAGUAAGGAACUUAGUAGUAUGCCUUUUUAUGUCAAUUAAAUACCAUAGUUCGUUGUACUUGGUCGUCUUCUCCUACGUCUUUAGGCUGAUGAUAAUUAUGAUUAUAUUGUUAUCAUAAUUUUCGCAUCACUUUCCGCAAUAAUUAGUUAUAAGAGUUUUCUUCUCAUUAAUUAUAAAUGUAGCUUAGAAAUGUACGUAUAUUAUAUUGAAAUCGUUGACCCUAAAACUGGCUCAGUAUUUUCUUAACGAAGUGCCUAAUUUAGUUUAAAACAGUAAUAUUUCGGUAAACCAUAUAAAGUAGUUAAUGAUCUGUGAUAGUGUGAAGUGACAUGUUUAAUUAUAAAAUUAUUUAAAGAAAUUUUAAGCUCAUUAUAGCAUUUCUAAAAAAGUAUAGAUUCGUAGUAAUUAGAGAAACGAUACACGAUUUAAAUAAUAAUGCGAACUACAUUGGAUAUUUUUGCCUCCACCUUUUUAGAUUAAGCGUGUAAUUAAUC